AUGAUAAAGCUCGUGUUGGACUAUAAGGCACUCGCCCAACAAACUGCUCAAGAAAUUUUAGGUUACGAUCAAGAUACAGCAGGCUGGAAGGUGGUUAAGACUUCAAAAAAGAUAAGUGUUUACAGCAAGGCUUCUAAGAAAUUCCAUGGAAAUCUAUAUCGUGUUGAAGGAAUAAUUCCAGAAUCAACAUCUAAACUAUCUGAUUUCCUCCAGAAACCUGAAAACAGAGUCACAUGGGACAAAUCAUUUAAAGUGUACAAGAUGGUACAAAAAAUUGAUUCUGUAAUUUACUGUUUACUAUUGGACUUUCACUGUAUGAAUACACUUUUAGUUUUCUAUGUUAGUGAUUUGAGUUUAUUAAAUCUGUAUUAUGUGGACACUUUGUAUUUUAUAGAUUCAAAUCAACUACUAGUGGAUUUUCCAGCAUAUCCUUCAUCUUCAAAUUAUAUCCGUGGUUGUAACCAUGCUUGUGGCUAUAUAUGUUCACCUCUGCAAGAGAACCCAGCAUAUUCCAAACUAUUGAUGUUUGUCCAGACAGAAAUGAGAGGAAAAUUGGCCCCAUCGAUAAUUGAAGCAACAAUGCCUUCCAAUUUAAUAAGCUUCCUCCUCAAUGUAAAAGAUGGACUAAAAACACACAAAAUUCCAUCAGGACGUGGAUGUCAUCAUAAUGGGCAUUCAUCGUUCCUAAAGAAGAAAUGAGGCCAUUUAAAAUCAUGUGUGGCAGUUAACUGCCUUUUACUUCUAAGUCAAUAUGCAUAAAUACUGUUACACUAUUCUAAACUGUAUUCUUGAACAAACUACUGAAGGUACUUUGUGAAAAUAAGAGCUCAUAGUUGCACAAG